GCUUACCUUCCGCUUUAGAUGCUCACCGUGAAAAUUUUUACCUCGACAAAUCCCAUUUCAUUUCGCUCUCGUUAAAUUUCAUCAGAAGCCGCUUCGGAGAGAAUAUCAAGGAAUGGGAGGCAACCGAGAACAUUUCUCACUGGGGAGUGGAUGUAUCAUCAGAGUGACUCAUUGCGCAAAAUGGCAUGUAUGAUGUAUGCUCUGCUGCCCUAAUUCGAUCCUCUUUUGAAUUGUUUACCUGCACUGAUGUCCAAUAUGAACAGCCAUUUGGCGGGUCCUCGUCAGGCCGUCAAGUCUUUGGUCAAUUUGGGCCUGCGGUAUGCACACACCCACCUCCCGAUUGGUUAUAGCCAACACGUUGUUGGCAGGGAUAGCCAAUCGUCGCCGCAGCUGCGGGCCCUUUCGAUCUGCUAGCGCUGCAUUUGUCUCCCCCUACCCAGCUCAGGGCGCUGAUGCAACAGUGGGCUGGCUGCUUCACCACCUCGACCCCCCGAUCAUGACACGACCGGCAGAUUCUGACACAGAAGAAGACGUGGAACAGACCUUCGCCGGCAGCUCCUUCUCACCGACACUUCCCAAGCCUUACGCUAUAGCGCCCGGCCCGCAAUAUGCCUGCCGUUCUGCAUAUUUAUGCCUUCCAUGCGGCUCGGAAAGAUUCUCCAGAAGCACCUCACAAUACGUGGACGAGCGGCCUUGGUUCCCGCAAGGGCUUCGAUGCGUCGGAUCUACCCACAAAAACAACUACGGCGCCAAAUUGCUGAGGAAACCAACUUCAUCUUUCCUAUUCGUUGUAUCACAUCCCCAACAUCUUUCCUCGCUGGCUGAAGCUGCGAUAUCAGCAUCCUCGCCGUUGGUCCGCCCAGGGUGUAUCCGUACGGGCGUGUUGACUCUGAUGGUGCAUAUCCAUCCUGCGAUUGCGAAUCAACUUUUGCCCCUAUUUGCUUAAUUUCACCCUUCUGCCCUAGGGUACACCGGGGCGGGAGCUUGAGAGGUCAUUCAUGUCUCUAGCUGUUGAGAUCGUCGCCCCAUAACCACGCCGCUCAUGACUGGCCAAGUCCUACCACUGUCAAGUUGCCCCUCACUCCUGGCCCC